CUCCUGAAUAAUAUUUUUUGCAAUACUAAAUUCACCUACCUACUUUUUUCGCAAUGUUUUGGUUACAAAGACUAGCAGGCUCAGCCAAGUUUGGACCAGGAAAUAUGGCCACAAGUAAGCGCGUUUUGACUGCUACGGGCAUGCAGUUUAUAGCUCGCAAAAGUUACUCGUCUUUGCCGCAGCUGCAGCCACAGCAAGGACAUGAGCAGCAACCAAUGCAGUACAGACCACACGAACACUUACAGCCAAGGGGUCCUGCUAGCAGCAUUAUGAUUAAACAGGGUCAAAAGCUCACAUCGGUGGUAACCAGACAAUCCGAUAUGCACUCGCCACCAGUAACGCAUGAUAAGGGCAGGGAUAAAAUCGAUCCACGUGCCAACUGGCUUCUGAUGACAGUCACCCGCGCACCUGGCCAGACCCUAGACCAUGGCCCCACAGAAUUAUUCGGCAAAGACAAGAGCAUUGUUGAUCGAGUACGGCAGUCGACAGACACUGUCGUCCGGGCGUUUCUCCCGGCCGACUAUAAAACCUCAGUGACACCCGAGUACAUUAGCUAUGCCAAGUGGCAGUUUGUUCACAACACACUGGGCUCAGCCUCCGGAGUGCUGGCAACCCAGGCAAUGCUUUACGCCAUGGGCAUGGGCGCAGGCGCCUUGCCCCUAUCGGCUGCGAUAAACUGGGUGAUCAAGGACGGAUUCGGACAGCUCGGCGGUGUGCUUUAUGCCACGCUAGUCGGGCAGAAAUUUGACAGCGACCCAAAGCACCAGCGGUUUUGGUCGGGCGUCUGGCUUCAGAGCGCGACCUGGCUGGAAAUGCUGACGCCGCUGGCACCACACCUGUUCCUGCCCAUCGGGUCAAUUGCAAAUAUCGGCAAGAAUAUCUCGUGGCUGGCCAUGUCUGCCACAAAGGCUGCUAUAAACAAGUCAUUCUGUCGUAAGGAAAAUCUCGGCGACCUGACAGCCAAGCACGGCUCGCAGGCCACUGCUGCAGGCUUGCUCGGCACUGCAGCUGGCAUCCUUAUUGGCGCCACUAUGGAUGUGUCGAUUUAUACAUUAAUAGUCGGGUUCGUGCCACUCAGUCUCAUCAGCCUGUGGGGAAACUACAAGUCGCUUCUCUACACGAUCACACCGACCCUAAACGUUGAGCGCAUGCAGCAUAUGGCUGAGGACGCGGUGGCUCUGGAUCCCAGUGGUCAUCUGGUACUGGACCCGCAGCUGCUAAAGACCCCGCGCCAGGUCUCGGCGGUUGAGAGGUUUAUGCGUGAGAUCCGCCAUGUCAAGCCUCGGGGUCAGUUGCCAGGGAUCGUGGUUUCAUCAGACAUUGGACAAAUCCACAAGGAGCUUCCUCGAGCAGCUGACCCCGAACUCCAGAAGAUGGAAGUAUCAUCUAUGAUUAGAGACGCAUUCGACCAGACAAGCGUCGUAUAUCACGGCCAGCCCGAAAAAUAUUACAUUGGUUAUCUCAUGGCAUCGACCGGACGGGGGUCGACCAACGGUAAUAUCUACCUAUGGUUUAGCACGCAGGCGACUGAUCUCGACAUGCUUUGUGGUUUCUACCAGGCAAUUGCAUUCCGCCAGCUGCUCGGCGCAGAUGGUUCCGGCAAUGCAACUGUGGCCGAACUGAGAGAGCAGGCCUGCCAGUUUGCCCUGCACACAUUUUCUGCCUUCGAAGAAUCAAUCGUGCGCAUGGGCUGGGACAUUAGCACAGUGUACCUCACUAAGAGAGCCAAAUGUGUAGAUGUAGAAAGUACCUCACACUAAACAGCCUAUAAUCGAAAAAUGAUUAAUGACUGACAGGACAUCAUCUGUCACUUCUUUGCAGUAACCUGCAAUACUAUGAAUUUGUUUUACUGCAUUGUAUUUAUAUAGCCCAUAUAUCUAUAUCAUAAUGA